AUUAAUUGGAUUUUCACAAACAUAUCAAUACGAUUUUUUUGUGAGAAAAUAUAAAAUUAUAGUAUGUUCGAAGUUAGGGUUCAAGAAUCAAGAAAGUGAAAUUAUUGGUUAUUUAUCUUUAGUGAAAUUCUUAUUUUACUCAAACCAAACAUAUCCAUAUAGGGACCCAUUCUCUUUCUGUCCUCACAAUUUGGAAAAAAAAGCUUCUUGUGUAUAUAAUGCUCACUCACAUAGCAGAGAUCUAUUCAAACUUAUAGAGAAUUCUUUGCAUCAAUUCUCCUAUAUCUGCAUCUCCACUCUAAUUUAUCUUGAGAAUGGGAACUGCUGGUGAAACCAUAUAUGGGGCUUACACCUACCAAGAGCUGGAGAGGGAGCCCUACUGGCCCUCGGAGAAGCUCCGGAUUUCCAUAACAGGAGCUGGUGGGUUUAUUGCUUCUCAUAUUGCUAGGCGUUUGAAGAGCGAGGGCCAUUACAUCAUUGCUUCCGACUGGAAGAAGAAUGAGCAUAUGCCCGAGGACAUGUUCUGUCACGAGUUCCAUCUCGUGGAUCUGAGGGUGAUGGAUAACUGUUUGAAAGUUACUGAAGGAGUUGAUCAUGUGUUCAAUCUUGCUGCUGAUAUGGGUGGGAUGGGAUUCAUCCAGUCGAACCACUCGGUCAUCAUGUACAACAACACAAUGAUCAGCUUUAACAUGAUUGAGGCUGCAAGGAUUAAUGGGAUUAAAAGGUUUUUCUAUGCCUCGAGUGCUUGUAUCUAUCCUGAAUUUAAGCAGUUGGAGACCAAUGUGAGCUUGAAGGAGGCUGAUGCAUGGCCCGCUGAGCCUCAAGAUGCUUAUGGGCUAGAGAAGCUGGCUACGGAGGAGUUGUGUAAACACUACAACAAGGACUUUGGCAUUGAGUGCCGGAUAGGAAGGUUUCAUAAUAUUUAUGGUCCAUUCGGGACAUGGAAGGGUGGAAGGGAGAAAGCGCCAGCUGCUUUCUGUAGGAAAGCCCUUACCGCUACUGACAAAUUCGAGAUGUGGGGAGAUGGCAAGCAAACACGAUCGUUUACCUUUAUUGAUGAAUGUGUUGAAGGUGUUUUGAGAUUAACGAAAUCCGACUUUCGGGAGCCUGUAAAUAUUGGAAGUGAUGAGAUGGUGAGCAUGAACGAAAUGGCGGAGAUUGUCCUGAGCUUCGAUAAUAAGAAGCUUCCAAUCCAUCACAUUCCAGGACCAGAGGGUGUGCGUGGUCGAAAUUCAGACAACACUCUAAUUAAAGAAAAACUCGGUUGGGCACCUUCUAUGAAACUUAAGGAUGGAUUGAGAAUCACUUACUUCUGGAUCAAGGAGCAGCUCGAGAAAGAGAAAGCUAAGGGCAUCGACCUCUCCACCUAUGGUUCGUCCAAAGUAGUGGGGACGCAAGCUCCUGUUCAGCUCGGUUCUCUCCGUGCUGCUGAUGGCAAAGAAUGAAGCAAGAGUCGCGAAAAAGCCUUCCCCCCCUCCAUGCGUGUGAGCCGCGUUUCAUAUAUUGUACUAUUUCGUUACCUGUCUUCCGGGCUCUGAAUUCGUUUUGAGUUCGAGCACACAGUGCAUUUCUAUCCAAUAACCAUGAUAUGAUGCCUUGUAUUAUGAAUUUGCUGCUGCUUCAUUCUUUGCUGUUCAAUGUUAUUAUUAUUAAUACAUUCCUCCCA